AUGGCACCUCAUACCCGAACCACCUACUUCGAUGCUCGAUUCCGUGGCCUUGUAGGGACUACGGUCACCACAUAUGACCUUAUCUUGGAUAGCGCGUCACCAGAAUCUACCUCCCUCGCCCCUUCCACCUCGCCCUCUCGCGCUACGACCUCCCCCGCCACACCCUCUGCUCUGCCGAAUUCUCCAAUGACAGUCGUGUCUACCUCGGCAGCUCCUAUGACAGAUCACGAUGUCAAGAUGGGACGCGGGUCAGCUAAGACUGUUGGCAAGUUUCUGUGCCACCUUACAGAAGACCCAAAUCAGAUAGCGUUUAUGCGUAUCUACCAACAGAUUCCCAUCACCGACACGGAGGACGCUGAUCACGAUACACUGGCUAGACAGGCCGUUCCUCCUGGAGUGUGUGGCGAGCUAGAGUCCUUUAAGCUAUUACAGAGUGGACGCUGUAGCGCUGUUCCCCGCUUUCUUGGCCACGCAGAAAGCACACAAGGAGAUAACGACCUCGUUCCCGGCGGCUACAUCAGAUACCUUGUGUGGGAAAAGGUCCCCGGGGAGCCUCUGACAAAGGAAUUCUUCUGGGGCUUAGAUGAUGCCGCACGCAAAGACAUCCGUUCUAAGUUCCGUGCCGCCUAUGAACAGGUACUUAGUUGCGGGGUAGCACCAGGCCAGUCCAGAAUCUCGAAGAUCAUCUUUGAUCAGCCCACGGGCAAUCUUCACAUUUCGGGGUUCCGAAGGGGAUGGCCAAUUAUCAGUAAACUUGAAUGGUCAGAAGCUCGUUACGUCGAGUUUGGACUGGAGAAGCCAAGCAGAGAGAGAGACUACUAG